CCGAGAGUCUGGGGUUCGGUUGACCCGAAAAUCCGGAACUCAUAACAACAGUCGUGUCUGAACUGAAAUCUCAGAAUCUGAGCAGGCCUUGGGCUAGAGGUGUCCAGGCCAUAUCUUAUUCCUGUUUAGGCCUUUUGGUCGGAAUAAAUAGAUAGAUGGAGUCGGGAGAGAAGGAAGGAUAGAGGGAUCUGGAAAGUUGAAACAGUAGCGGCGAUGAUGAUAUCGGAUCUCCCAAGGGAUAUGGUGGAGGAGGUGCUCUGUAAGCUUCCGAUGACAUCUCUGAGAAGAGCUCGAUUCACCUGCAAAAGAUGGAACAACACUUUAUCAAAAGAUUGGAGAUUUACAAGAAAGUACAAUGGUGAAGCAGCAAAGAGGAAGGAGUUUCAGGUGGUGAUGAUACUCGAAUACAAGGUUUACUUGAUGAGCGUCAACCUCCACAAUCCAUCUCCAUCUAUAGAGCCUAUAGGUAAACUCCACGAUGCUGGAGUCGACAUAAUUAAUGUCUUUCACUGCCAAGGUUUGUUGUUAUGCGUUACCAAAGACGGAACUAGGCUUGUUGUUUGGAACCCUUUUACUGGACAAACAAGGUGGAUCAAACCCAGAGAUUCUUACCACAGAUGUGACAGGUAUGCUCUCGGAUACGAGAACAGGAACAACUACCCGCUCAAAGUCUUGAGAUUUGUGGAUGACUACGACCGCAACUUAAAGCGCCAAUAUUUUUACCGCGGCUUGUCUCUCAAGGGCAAUACUUACUGGUUUGCCGAAAACAAGGUUGCACCAGGCAAAAUAGGAAGAGUUUUUUUACUCUGUUUCAACUUUACAACAGAGAGUUUUGGACCGCGUCUGCUUCUGCCUUUUCACGGUCGCUAUGGAGAUACAUUGACUCUAUCUAGCGUUAGAAAAGAGCAGCUUGCUGUCCUGUUUCAAGAAUGUGCACCUGCAUACACCUUGAAGGUUUGGAUUAGUAGCAAGGUUGGUCCCAAUGCAGUGUCGUGGAACAAUGUGUUCUUAUCGGUUGAUAUGAAACCACUAAUCGGUUUUCAGUUUCAUUGUUUCGCUGGAAGUUUCUUUGUUGAUGAGAAGAACAAGGCCGUUGUGGUUAUUGAUACGACUAGAGGUCAUCCUUUCACUAUUCGUAAUAUGGCUUACGUUCUUGGUGAAAAUGGAUACUUCAAAUCAGUCGAUCUCGGUGAUUUUGCACCCAUGAAGUGCUGGCCACUUGUGUGCUCUUAUCUUCCAAGCUUGGUGAAAUUCUAGCAAGCUGCGCCACCAGGCAACCUGAAGGAACACACCAUCUUAAAUCUUAUCAACUUGUUGUCGUCCUCUUUUGUUUGACACUUUGGGUUAUUUAAAUUUGUAAUAUUUUGUGAUGGUUUGUAGUAUAAAGUUGGAUUCUGGUAACUGCGUCACUUUUGUUCUUGUUUGGUACUCUUCUUUUAAAUCAACGCAAUUCUUCUGAUAAUACAUUGUUAAGAUGAAAGUACAUUGAUACACUA